AAUUUUUACUUUAAAAGUUCGAAGACUUGAACAUUAUAACUACCAAAAUUUAAUAAAAAAGGCAUGUAAAGGGUCUUUGUGAAUUGGUAAAAAUGGUGCAAGAAUACACUUCCCCUGUGCGUGUGUAUGAGUAUCCAUUUGAAAUGGUUAUGAAGGCAUACGAAAAACGGUUUCCCACUUGUAAAAUGAUUCCAGCCUUUCUUGGUAGUGAUAUUACAUAUGAAUAUAAAAGUGAAGAUGAAGCUAUUCAUAUUGUUGAGAGAAGGUGUAGAUUGCAUGUUGAUGCACCUUACCUUGUUCGAAAGAUUGCAGGAGUUGAUCAUGCCAUCUUCAUGCAAAAAAACAGUUUAAACAGAAAAGAUCGAACAUUAAAAAUUGAAGCAUGGAACGACAGUUUUGCUAAUCGACUUAUUAUUAAAGAGUUUUGUUAUUAUUCUGUUCACCCUGAGAACUCAAAUUGGACAUUAUUUGAGCAAGAUGCCAGUUUAGAUGUUGUUAGUUUUUUUGGUUUUGAAGCGGCUGUUGAAAAGCUAGCCAUCAAAGCUUACACAUCGAAUUUAAAAAAGGGCAAAGAAAUUAUUAUGUACUAUAUCAAUGAGUUAAUUGCAGAAGGACAGACAGAGUUUCCAAAGUUUCAAGGAUCCGAAGGACGACCACGUACAGUCAGUCAUGGUCACAAACUACAGUUAGGGCCAAAUAAAGAUGUGGAUAAUGCAAGUUUAGAAGAUGAAGUAGUUGCUGAUGAUAGUAUUGAUGGUAUUGAAGAUCCUGAUGAUGCAAACAACUUAGAUUUCCAAGAUGCAGUAUCAGAUCCAGAUAAAAUUAAAAAGGGAGUUAAACCACCACCUGUUCAAGAAUACAAACUUGACGACAGAUAUAUUGCAAGAUAUCUUGGCGAGUUAACAGCAAAAGAAGAAGUUCGAUUGAUGCAACUUCGAAAAAGAUUUCAAGCAACCCACAAUGAAAAGAUGCCUAGUGAAGCUGUGUUCCUACGUUUUCUUCGUGCAAGAGAUGCAAACGUUGACAAGUCUUUUGAGAUGCUAAAGAACUCACUACAUUGGCGUCGACAGCAUCAUGUUGACUCAAUCCUCACAACAUGGAAUCCACCUGAAGCUUUGUUAGAAUAUUAUCCAGGUGGCUGGCACUACCAUGAUCGAGAGGGUCGACCUGUGUAUAUAGUUCGUUUAGGAAGUAUGGAUUUUAAAGGUCUUCUUAAAACUGUUGGAGAAGAUGGUUUUGUGAAACAGGUUGUUUCUAUCAAUGAAGAAGGUUUGACGAAAUGUGUUGAAGCAGCCGACAUAUUCAAAAAACCUGUAACAAAUUGGACAUUGAUCGUCGACUUAGAUGGUUUGAGCAUGCGUCAUUUAUGGAGGCCUGGUAUCCGCGCACUUUUAAAAAUAAUUGAGGUAGUUGAGGCAAAUUACCCAGAGACUAUGGGAAGAUUACUUAUUGUACGUGCGCCGAAAGUAUUUGGUGUGAUAUGGACAUUGUUAAGUCCUUUUAUCGACGAAAAUACUCGAAAUAAAUUUAUGAUUUAUACUGGAGAUGAUUAUCAGGGUGAAGGGGGCCUCGUGGAUUAUAUUCCUCGGGAAUACAUACCAACAUUUUUGGAAGGUCCCUGUGAGUGUGAUGUGCCGUCUGGGAAGAUUGUUCCAAAACAUUUCUACAAAUAUGAUAACAUUGGCGACGCGACAGAAUCCACUUGGUUGGAUGGAGGGGAUGUGUAUCAAACAGCCCACCUCAUGAAAGGGACACCACAUGAUGUUAUACUAACCGUGACGGAAGCCGAAGCUGUUAUCACGUGGGAUUUUGACGUCAUUGAUGGUGAUUGUCAUUUUCAAGUAUUACGUCACAAGCGACCCCGGGAUGUACACACGAACAAUGCAUCUAGUCAAUCCAGUUCAAGUACUUCAAAGAUUUCUGCUAUUAGACCUGGUGUCGACGCGCAAGUUGUUGAACGUCCAACAUUAGUUAAACAGGGAGAUUCUUUGCAGGGGACACACAUAUGCCAGCAAGCAGGAGUGUAUAUAUUGCAAUGGAAAUAUGCUCACGGUGGCCACACUAGACAAAGUUUGAGAGUUCAAAAUAAAGUGAAGAUCAUGUAUUAUCAUGAGAUACUCCCGUCAAGAGAAUUCAAAGGCUCCAUGUCUAGCAUGAGUUCAAGCCAGAGUGGCUUCUCUCUCCUCAGCACGUCGUCACACAACAUGUCGUCAUCACACAACACGUCAGUUUUAAAUGCUAGUACCUCAAGCGCUUCGAGGUAGCGCUGAGAUGAUCGGAAAAACCUGACAAAUCGUUUGCAUCAGUAACAGUGUUUUCGACCAAUGAAAAAGGGGCAAGUACUAAUUAAUGACCAAUUAAAUACAAGAAAGAUGCAACUUGAUGAAUUAUCAACCAAUGAAAUGAUUGUUAUUUUUAAUGUGCGUUAGAGACUUAAAAUGCUGUAUCAGCUAACAAAAAUUAAUGGCAGAUAAAAACUCUCUAAACUCUGUCGCAAGAUGGGAGAUAAUUGACAUGAAAGGAGCUUGCAUAAGGUAGAAGCGAUGGUAAAAUAAAGUUGUUGGAUGCGAUGCGAAUGUCGCAAUCUUAACAACUUGUUAUCCAGUCUUGUUUUUGAGAUUUGAUGCGGUCACUUGGACAACACAUCAUCUGUGAUGGUGUUGCUCUCCAAAGGAAAUUUAGGUGUAGAAAAAAUAUUUAUCUAAAUACAAAGUUAAUUAUUCGUAUGUGUAAAAAAGUGAAUGUGAACUGAUAUUAGCAUUUUGAUGGGUGAAACCAUGGUGAAAUGUUGAAUAACAAACCGGCCAGCACUCUCUCCAACAAAAUUUAAUAUUAUAUCACUGCAAUUUUUUAACGCUAUUUUUAUAUAUUAUUUUGAUAACGUAUUCGUAUAAUUUUUUUUAAUUUUAUUUUUACGGUAUAGUUUAAGCAUAGUCUCAUUUGGUCGCAGCGACUCAAAAUGGCUCAUGUGUUUAUCAUAAGGAACAGAGUCAACAUGCCACCAUGCCAGCAAACGUCGUGAAUAUAAAAAAGAGAUGAUGCUAUAUCAUGUCUCAAAAACUUAUCAAAAUGACUUAUGUUGUUUUGGCAAAGUUUGUGCAGCCUUACUAACAGUGAUCUUGUUUCAUUCGUGUCUGCCAGCAUUCCAUUUAACAUAAAGGUUUAAGGAAAUUAGACGGUCUAGUGAGGUUCAAAGUAUUCGUAAUGUGUUGCAAGAACUGUGCCAGUUUUUAUAGCCACUAAGUUAAAGGCUAAAAAACUUCCUCUCUGAGAAUAAAGCGAGUUGGAUGUAGAGUUCUGAUGGCAUCAUUCUUAAACCCAUUUUUAUUAUGGUCAAUAAUUUGUUUUAUUUAGCUUUCCUGACAACACAGAAUGGCACAAUUGAGGCUUCUCAAAUUCUUACAACAUCUUUUGGGAAAAGGCAUUUUUUCAUGUGUUUCUUUCGUAGUUUGGGUGUGGUACCAAUAGGGAUUGAGAGGGCAAAAAGGUGAAGCUUGUUACAAGAUUUAUUGACAGAAGGGUUCUGAUUAAAGUCACGAUAGUUUUUCAAAAAAAGGAGAUUGAUCCCCAUAAAUUAAAGUGGGGGAGAGUAUGUGAAUUAGUUACAGGGUCUGUUGUUUAUAAUAAGUUGUUUUUUUCACACAUAUUUUUAUUUUGUAAAUAUUCGAUUUUUUGGAGUGGCUUUCUUUACGCCGUAUCCACAUGUAAGUAAAGAUUUUAAAUAACGUAAAAGAAUGAACGAACAUCAACCGUUUUGUAAACCAUUCAGUGGAAAUUUACUUACAUGUGAAUGCAGCCUUAGAAUCUAAAAACUGGGUUGGUAGCUACACUUAUGGAGACUGGGAAGGAAGUUGCUCUGUGAUUAGAUAGGCUUGUAUUUAUUUAUUUGAUAUGUUUUAUAUUACAAUGAAAUCAUGUUCGAAGCAACAGAUUUGUGUACAAUUGAGAAAA